GAUCUAGACGGCCGUAGGGGGAGGGGAACCGCCCUCCCCGUGGCGCGGCUCCAGAACUGCAAGGGACUCGAGGACGUUGCUCGCUGGCCUCCCAGGGCUGCUGUUUUGUUUCCACCUUCGCCUUGUGCAGAAUUAAAGUGCAGUAAAAUGUCCACUAGGACCCCAUUGCCAACGGUGAAUGAACGAGACACUGAAAAUCAUACAUCACAUGGAGAUGGGCGUCAAGAAGUUACCUCUCGCUCCAGCCGCUCUGGAGCUCGGUGUAGAAACUCUGUAGCCUGUGCAGAUGAACAACCACACAUCGGAAACUACAGACUGCUAAAAACAAUCGGCAAGGGGAAUUUUGCAAAAGUGAAAUUGGCAAGACAUAUCCUUACAGGCAGAGAGGUUGCAAUAAAAAUAAUUGACAAAACUCAACUGAAUCCAACAAGUCUACAAAAGCUGUUCAGAGAAGUCAGAAUAAUGAAGGUUUUAAAUCAUCCAAACAUAGUGAAGUUAUUUGAAGUCAUUGAAACCGAAAAAACACUAUAUCUGAUCAUGGAAUACGCAAGCGGCGGUGAAGUAUUUGACUAUUUGGUUGCACAUGGAAGAAUGAAAGAAAAAGAAGCAAGAGCUAAAUUUAGACAGAUCGUGUCUGCAGUCCAAUAUUGUCACCAAAAACGGAUUGUUCACAGAGACCUCAAGGCUGAAAAUCUAUUGUUAGAUGCCGACAUGAAUAUUAAAAUAGCCGACUUCGGUUUUAGCAAUGAAUUUACUGUUGGCAGUAAACUCGACACAUUUUGUGGCAGCCCUCCUUACGCAGCCCCCGAGCUCUUCCAGGGCAAGAAAUAUGACGGGCCGGAGGUCGAUGUGUGGAGUCUCGGUGUUAUUUUGUACACGCUCGUCAGUGGCUCGCUUCCCUUUGAUGGGCAAAACUUGAAGGAGCUAAGGGAGAGAGUAUUGCGAGGGAAAUACAGAAUCCCUUUCUACAUGUCUACAGACUGUGAAAACCUUCUCAAACGUUUCCUGGUGCUAAAUCCAAUUAAACGAGGCACUCUAGAGCAAAUCAUGAAGGACAGAUGGAUCAAUGCAGGGCAUGAGGAAGAUGAACUUAAACCAUUUGUUGAACCAGAACUAGACAUCUCAGACCAGAAAAGAAUAGACAUUAUGGUGGGAAUGGGAUACUCACAAGAAGAAAUUCAAGAAUCGCUUGGCAAAAUGAAAUAUGACGAAAUCACAGCUACAUAUUUAUUGCUGGGGAGAAAAUCUUCAGAGCUGGAUGCUAGUGAUUCCAGUUCUAGCAGCAAUCUUUCACUUGCUAAGGUUAGGCCAAGCAGUGAUCUCAACAACAGUACUGGCCAGUCUCCUCAUCACAAAGUGCAGAGAAGUGUUUCUUCAAGCCAGAAGCAGAGACGAUACAGUGAUCAUGCUGGGCCAGCUAUUCCUUCGGUGGUAGCAUAUCCAAAAAGGAGUCAGACCAGCACUACAGACAGUGACCUCAAAGAAGAUGGAAUUUCCUCCCGGAAAUCAGGUGGCACUGCUGUUGGAGGAAAGGGAAUCGCUCCAGCCAGUCCCAUGCUUGGGAAUGCAAGUAAUCCCAAUAAGGCGGAUAUUCCCGAACGCAAGAAAAGUUCGACUGUUUCUAGUAGUAACACAGCAUCUGGUGGAAUGACACGGCGAAAUACUUAUGUUUGCAGUGAGAGAACUACAGCCGAUAGACACUCAGUGAUUCAGAAUGGCAAAGAAAACAGCCUGAUGGAAAUGUUCGCUUACGCAACUAGCCCUGCUUCAGUUUGUACCAUAUCUUCUACCUGUCGGCUGAGACAUCAGAAGUCGAUGUCUGUGUCAGCCUCUGGGCACCCCAUGAUGAUGUUACCUCUGAUAGACAGCGCAGGAAAUAACUUCAAGGCUAUCACUAUUCCUGAUCAAAGAACUCCAGUUGCUUCAACACACAGUAUUAGCAGUGCAGCCACUCCAGAUCGAAUACGCUUCCCACGAGGUACUGCCAGUCGUAGCACUUUCCACGGCCAGCCCCGGGAGCGGCGAACUGCAACAUAUAACGGCCCCCCUGCCUCUCCCAGCCUGUCCCAUGAAGCCACACCAUUGUCCCAGACUCGAAGCCGAGGCUCCACUAAUCUUUUUAGUAAAUUAACUUCAAAACUCACAAGGAGGCUUCCAACUGAAUAUGAGAGGAACGGGAGAUAUGAGGGCUCCAGUCGCAAUGUGUCUGCUGAGCAAAAGGAUGACAGCAGAGAAGCCAAGCCUCGUUCGCUGCGCUUCACUUGGAGCAUGAAGACCACUAGUUCCAUGGACCCCGGCGACAUGAUGCGGGAAAUCCGCAAAGUGCUGGACGCCAAUAACUGCGACUAUGAGCAGAGAGAGCGCUUUUUGCUCUUUUGUGUCCAUGGUGACGGGCAUGCUGAGAACCUGGUCCAGUGGGAGAUGGAAGUCUGCAAGCUGCCAAGACUGUCUCUGAAUGGGGUCCGGUUUAAGCGGAUAUCGGGAACAUCAAUAGCCUUCAAAAAUAUUGCUUCGAAAAUUGCCAAUGAGCUCAAGCUGUAACCCAGUAAUUAUGGUGUAAAUUAAAUAACAAUUAAAGUGCUUUCCCAAACACUGAUGGAAAUGUAUAGAAUAAUAUUUAGGCAAUAACGUCUGCAUCUUCUAAAUCAUGAUAUUAAAGUCUGAGGACAAGAGUAUGUCCGGGAGCGAAAGCUGGCCUUUUUUCUACAAAUGCACUACAUUAAAGAUGUGCGACUUGUGCACCCUGUCCUGUUUGCAUUGCCCUGAGAGUCAGCGUGUACCCAUCUUCAUGUGCCUCCCCCUGCUGGGUGGGUGUGAGAGUGGACGGUGUGUAUGUGAUGUAGUGUGUGCGGAAGCAUCUCCCUACACUAGCACUAGCAGCCAGAGUUGUUACUAGGGCCUCUGUGGGAGAUCAUCUGGUGCUAAAUAUAACAAUUGCCAAGGAGGAAAAUACUGAAUUACUGCUAAGACUUAACCUUAAGACUAGUUGAUAAUUAAUACAGGUUUACAGCUCAUGCCUGUGGUUUUGUGUUUGUUGUUUCGUGUUUUUUUUUAGUGCAAAAGGUUUAAAUUUAUAGUUGUGAACAUUGCCUGUGUGUGUUUUUUAAGUAGAUUCACAAGAUAAUUAAAAAUUCACUUUUUCUCAGUAAAA